UGUUUACUAACAGGUCAAUGAACUAUGAAGACUUUAAAUCUAGAAGUUAAAACUGAAUCCAGUUGCUGAUUUGAUUUCUCUGAUUUCUGACAAUAAUACAAGCAACAUACGAGAUAAGAUCUUGUUGAACUGCAGCAGAACUGAGCUUAUAAACCCUGCAGCAGCCUACACAAAAUUUGUACGCAUUCGCUGUAUGUCCUUGAGCAAGUAAAGCCCUGUUCACAUUAUACAACCGAGUAAAUUCAUACUCAGGGAUCUGGAAAGGACCACUAGAGACAUGGCGAUCCUGAGCGAGAAGCAAAUAGCAGCUGUAAAAAAGCAUCGGUACUCAGUAGAGGGGACAUCUAUAAUGGAUUUUUUAGAUGUUUUGUACUUAUGGAUGGCAAAGGAGAUUCAUCACAGGGUCACUGCGAAUCUGGUGACAAUUAUUGGCCUCGUGUCGGUUGUUCUUUCGUGUUCCUUCGUUGCAUAUUUCAGUUACAUUGGAGACCAUCAGCAUUUGCAAGCCAGUGGGUACUUCUGUGCGUUCGGAUUCCUUAUGUGGAUGUCCUGUGACAGCAUCGAUGGAAAGGUUGCACGGCUCAGAGGCUUGUGUAGUCCAUUUGGUGAAGUUCUAGAUCACGGGGGCGACGCAUUUGCCUUGAUGAUAGCAUCCGUUGCUUUAGCGUGUUUCUUAGGGGUAACAGACAACCCACUUGGAACAGUGGCCUGGAUAUUAGGGGACAUGGUUGUUAAUUAUGUUUCGGAGCCAUAUACCAUUUACGUCUGUGGACAUACUAGGAUUGAAAGCAUUGACUUCUACGAAAUAUUGACGCUGUAUAUUGUCGUAAGUCUUAGUUAUGCCUCAUUUGGACCGACCAUCUGGAAAUACAUGAUAUUACCAAGUGUUGGUUUCAGAGUUGUUCACAUUUUUUAUGGAUUAAAAAUUUACAUUUGGCUUGAACUUGCAUUUGGAAAAACAAGGCAAUUCUACGUUGUAACAAAAAGCCGUGGAUUGAGUUUCUGGCAUUCCAUUGCCCCGGUUAUACCUGUUUUCAUAAUACUGACAUCAGCAUCAAUAGCCUUUGUUAGUGUUUCCCAAGAGGUCCUCCAAGAGAAUGCCAUCCUAUUCGGCCUUUGCUUUGGAUUUUGCUUCGCCAAGAUUCACGUGCAGUUAAUCAUUGCAAAAAUGUCAAAGUCAAGUUUUCAUCUGCUCGACACUGCAUCGGUUUUGCCAGUUGUUAUCAUGUUUGGCUGUGUCAUGAUUGAAGCUAGCGCCGCUGAGAAACAUCUCCUUAUCUAUUCUACGAUUGUAACAGGCCUGGAUGCCAUGAUAUACUUCCUUCGCCUGCUCCACCAGCUCUAUCAUAGCCUCGGACAAACACUAUUCCUUUUGGACCACAACCAAAACCAAUGCAAGGAAAGCAAUGGCUUUUCAAAAUAACAGCAAGGAAAGGAAACAUUUAUUUCAGUUCGAAAAUACUUUCUUGAAGGUCUUAUUCUACUUCCCUAUUUUGAAAUAUGGUUAAAAACGGUGAGGUAUAUUCGCUUCCCUGCCUUUCUCAACCUGUCUUUCAACAGAUACACUGUGAAAGAUAUUAGGAAAACAGACGAAAAUUAUUUAACAUGGCCUAAAUACAACGUCUAAACUAAGACAAGGGACAACACCGAUCUCCAAUGAACGCUCGUUGGUUCUAAGCAGCAACAAACCAUUCAAGCUAUGACAGACAGAUAUAACUGCUUAACUCUCACUUUUUUAUCGGAAAGAUUCAAGGAUUUUCAAUGGAGAGUUAAACUGUAGAAGCCUUUUUCAGUGAGAAAAGAAUUGCAAGGCUACAGGGGCAGGAUCAUCCAAUGAACUUUCUGAAUAUCAGAAUUAGAAUUUCGCUGACCAAAGUAUAAUAUGCAUAUAUGAUCAGAUUAAUAGUUUAAUUUUCGUUUUUGUGCCUUUCUUGACUGACCGCAACACUCCUUAUCUACAUUUUAAUCUAAUUUAUCACUGUAGAUCCGAACAUAUUUUUUUUGAAUAUGCUUGUCAUGUACUUGAAAUUUUGUAUUUUCUUGUUAUCUGGGUAUUAUUUAUCUAAUCAAAGAGAGUCAUCAGCACUCUACAUUAUUCUGACAGUUUUGUUUCAGAAUCAGUCUAUUUCUUGGGACUUUGGCAAUAAUUGCCACAGUUUUGCGACUUAUGAAAUGUGAAUGUAAAAAGACCUAUACAAGAGUUUGAAUUUGCAUGAAAAAACGUUUUUGGGGGAGAUAAAAAGGUUAGUUUACGGCAUCAUCAUGGCAAAUGAAAAGUGCCAAAAUGACUUAAACAUGGCCAUCCCUUUCCCAACCACUUUCAUCUUGGCCACGCCUUUUUUAUUCAAUGGGAACCACUAAAUUAACCCGGAGGGGGGCGCUUGUGUUAUGUUUGUAUUUGGUUGCAUUGCCGCACCUCUGGAAAGGCAGAUCCAUCCAUAGACCAAAUAUUCCCAAAAUUAAAUAUUCCCUACCCCACUUAGAUUUUAUGAUGAAACGACCCAAUCACAGGUUUAUCUCUUUAAAAACCCAGCCACUUCAACUGCACAUCAUGGUGUGAUCCAAUA